AUGAAUUCACCACAGUUUGAUUUAGCCAAUCAUCCAGUCAAAGACACCAUCAAGUUAUUGACAUCAUUACUAGAAAAGAUCACCAGCAGCAAUGACAGACUUCAUUUAAACGCUGGUAAACUUGAUCCUUCAUCCUAUACUUGUUUCCACGCACGUUCUAUUCCCAGCAUAUCUAUUCAUGCUUAUUUCACUCGUAUAUUAAAAUACUGUCCAUGUGCUAAUGAGUGCUUGAUUGCUCUCUUAGUCUAUUUUGAUCGGAUGACACAACCUAAACCCUCACGCCAUAUCCCACCGCUUCACAUUGAUUCUUACAGUAUACAUCGACUUAUUAUCACAGGCUUAAUGAUUUCCAGUAAACUAUACUCUGAUAUAUUCUUUACUAAUACUCGAUACGCCAAAGUGGGUGGAUUGCCUGUGAAAGAAUUAAACGCACUUGAACUUGAGUUUUUAUAUUUGAACGACUACAACUUGUUUGUGACCAUUGAGGAGCUUCAAGAUUACGGCAAUAAGAUAAUGGAGCAUUGG